AUGAACACCGCCACGGUUCCAGUCCAGCCAGGCGCGCGGGGCGGUAGAGUCUUAGACAUGCGCGAUGUUAUAUUAUGGCAACAAGAGCAAGCCCAACGCCAGGGCGAACUAGGCUUCACGACGAACUUUCCGGACCCUUCAGAGAUCUUUAAACCCUUCACAAUAAAUCCUUAUACUGAAGACGAGCUUCCAGCCGAAGAUCGCGCUGCGGUCGUCGCAGCCAUGCAAGAAACCCACAGAGCAAUAAUCCAGCUCCAUCAACGCAAGAUUCUCAUGGAUGGAGCUGGACCUCUCUUGGCGAGCACGGAGAUGAAUGUGAAUCAAAAGUUACUGGCUGCUGGUGUACCUGAGCAAGAGCUUCCAAACAAGAGCCUAAGACAAAAGAUUGUGCAGUUAGUCGAGCUUAAAGAGCCGCCACCCAAAAAGAAUUUUGCGGCCGUGUUGGUGGACAUAGCCUCAACCACCAAAGGACGAAGCCAUAUGCUGGAGGUCAAUUUGCCGCUCAAGGCUUUCUUGGCAGAAGUCUACGCGUUGCUAGACGAAGUUGUGAAGGCUUUGUUGUCUGAGAAAGGGCUUUCCUAUGAGCGAGGAGGCGCAUGGAAAUAUCAGCUAGUCGACCAGAUUCAGUCUCAACUGCUCAUGCACAGAUCUUUGCCCCUGGAGACCGAUCUCGACUACAAAUUGAUGCUGCAGCAAAUGUCGAGGGUUGGCGAUGAGGAGGCGCCUGUAGCUGUGCUUACGCAGGGCGGUCUCGCAAGGCCUAUAAACAUAAGCGGAGCUAAUGCGAAGGCGAAGGCAAGGGGACAUAGCAUGAGCGAUGCGCUCGAAGUGUCGGACGAGGAUGACAAUGUGUUCGGGGUGCUCGACGAAGAUGGUAAGCCUUUCUUCGAGCCUUUGGACAUGGAUAGGAUGUCCAAGAAGUAUGCGAGGAUUGGGGAUGAUCUCACAGAGGAAAACGGGAUUCAUGGAUUCUGGCGAUGA